AUGAAAAAGGAAAGACAACCACAUGGGGAUCAAUCAGAAGGUAUACAUGACGACGAAAGGGGUCUUGUAAGCAGCAAGCUCAUGAGCAUAAAAGAAAAUCAAGACCCUGCAAGUGAGAGGUGGAAAAGUGAGAAAGAAGCAACCGCAAGCGCAACUGCAACUGCUAGUGCAAAAGACGAUUUGCGCAAAUUGAUCAGCUACAAAAAUGUAUGUACCCUUAGGGACGACGGCAGUGAUGGCCACAAAACAUGCCACCAUAAUACGCCAGACGAUUUCCAAACGGAUAAAAAGAAUUUUUUAAGUGAUAGCAACACGGAUUUUUCAAAAUCAGAAAGCAAGGGCUCCCUGAAUGCGAACUCUCCGCCCACCAGUUACAACAACAGCAUUAACGAUAACGGGAAAAGCAGAAACAGCAGCAAGGACAGCAAUAGGACCAACGGCACGAACAGAAGCAAAGACAAGGCACCCAGUUGCGAUGAUCAAAAGGGUGGAGGAAAACAGGAGAGCGGCCGAGCAGCCGUUAUCGAAAUAGAAAGGGAGAAACGCCCCAAAUUAAAAGCGGACGAGGUGGGUCACUCGAAUAGGAGCAGUCCUCCAAUCGAUCUGCACCACAGUCGUCCUGCCAAUCUACACCACAGUCGUAAAAAGUUCCUCAUCGAAGGGGGAAGAAUAACACGAAGUAGUGUUGUAAAAUGCACUGACUUUCUAAAUAAGAACCGAAUUAGCAAAACCCCCUCGCCGAAGGCAUUACGGAUGAAGAAGCAAAUGAUUACCAAUGUUGCAGAUGACUCUUCUGAGGUACAAAAAUGUAAGAAGAAAAUAUUUUUAAAAAAGUUACUUAGUGACGGUAAAACUUACCAUUCAGAUGUUGAUAACUCCAAAAGGAGCAGUUUUUUUAGUUGUAAAUAUUUUCAAAAUUUUAAUAAAGCAAGAGGGGGUAGUAAUUUCCCCCUACUACUGUCAUCAUCACCACAUGGCAUAACUAACCAUCAUGGAUGUAAGAAGAGGGUUAAAAAGAUACAUUUCGCCAAUCAUAGUGAUAAUAAAAUAUACAGUUGUUCUUGCAAUUGUGAUAUAAGUUGUGAAAGGAAUUCGUAUUCCGACACGUAUGUAAUUUAUUCCCCUCCAAAAAAAAAGGGGAAAAGCAAAAGUCCAUAUAACAUUCUUUUUCAUGAUAAAUUUGUUAAACAAUAUCAGUGCAAUGAUAGGGAGGAUAAAAUGGGAUUCCCCAAUUCUUCCCAACUGUAUGACUCUUUUUUUUAUACUCAUAAGAAGAAAAAAAGAAGAAAUGAAAUUAGCCAAGGGGAGAAAUCGCGCGUCAGAAAGAGGGCCAACUGCCUUCCUUUCCAAAAUUACAACUUCACCUUAAGGAACUUUCAGAAGAGAAAAAAGAGUUACUUUCAUUUUAGAAAAAAUAGAAAAUGUCGUGUGAAGAAGAAAAAGGGCGCCAAAAGGAAGAAGCGCGAUGGAGUAGGCACACACCGAUUGGGCGAAGAAAACAGCAGAAUGAUUAGCCCCAUGGAGGAGGGGGACCCCCCAAAGGGAGAUAUUUCCCUCAUUGAAGAGAAAGCAGAACCACAUCCAAACGUUAUGCAGAGCGAAACGGGUUGUAAGCCAACCGUAUGUUUGACCACUGGAGGAGAAAAGGAUAAGGGCGAUUCGGGCCAAGUGGAUAUAGGACCACCAAACGGGAACACUGAGGGGGAACAAAACGCUCAGCAGUCGAGCCAUCAUUUAACGGAAGAAUGUGAAGAGCCGUUAAAAGGGAACAACCCAGAGGAGGAAUCGCUACCGCGAAACAUGUUGGGCGAAGUUAAUAAUCAGGCUAGUCAACCCCCCCCCACUGAUUCCGCAUCGGGGAAGGACAAAAACGAAAUGGCAGAGGGACCAUGCAAAGAAAUCAAAAUAACGGGAAAAAAUUUCAUAAAAUAUGACGAAGAAAUAUUUGAACAUUUCUACAACGAUGUGCAUUUAAAAAUUGGAAAGAUUGUCACAAAUAAAAGAAAAAAAUAUUUUCUAACUUAUAAAAUUGUUAAAGAUUCCUACUUUCGCAUUUUAAUUUUGAAUAGCGAAAAAUUGGAAAAAAAUAUUCUUCAAGCGAUAGCCAUUCAGGAUGUCAUUUUGUACGAUAAAAAUGUCAAAAUUUUUAGCGACCCUUUUUAUAUGAGAAAUGGCAGCAAGCUCUACGCUGUGAAGUUUUUGAAGGUGUUCAGCUUAAAGUAUUUAAAAAAAAUAAAAAAAAUGAGCGACAUUGUAUUUUCCGAUGCGGAGGAGGGGAGCCCCAGUGUGAAAGCGGAAAAUUCUGAGUCGGCCCAGUUGCGCAUGGCAGAUGAGGAGAAUGCAAUAUCAACCGAUAAAUCGGCCACCAAACCGACCGCGAAAGAAACUGAUGCUGUGGAGAAGGACCAUUUGAGUAAGAAGGAGCCCACGCAGUCGGCGGAUGAGCCCCAAAAUGGGAAUCUUUCGGAAGGCACAGAAGCGAACGGGGGGAGCGGCCAUAAGGGGGCAAUAAAGGAAGAUACACAAGGUGAGGCGACUAUGGGCACGCAGAAGAACGCGCCUGAAGGAAGCAACAUGAGCGACGGUGAGGGAGGAAGCGGCUACAAGUGUAGCGAUAAUCAAGCUGAGGAAAUCCCCGCCGUGAACAACUCAAGCGAUAACUACGACAAUGUUAGUAAUGGUGGAAGCAGGAAAUUAAAGAAAGGAACAAAAAGUGCCGAUAAGGAGAACCCCCCAAAGGGAACAAACAAAAGCGGAAGGAAAAACACCGAAGUGAAGGAGGAACCUUCAUCUAAUGAGACACUCCCAAAGGGAAAUACCAAGGGAAGUGCCAAGGGGAAUGCCAAGGGGAAUGCCAGUGGAAAUGUUAAGGGAAAUUCUAGUAGAAAUACCAAAGAGAAAAAAUCAAACGCAGAUGUGAAGAAGAAAAAUAGUAGGGACUCCCCGGUGAAGAAAAAACCAAACGAAUUAGCCAAAAAUGUGAAUGAUAAAAAAAGCAAAAAAAGAAACAGUGCGAAGGUGAAAAUUGAAAACGAAGCCGGCAACAAGGAAGAGGAGGAGCACAACUACACAGGCAUCAUAUACAAUGACAAGAAGAAGUUCUAUUUUAAUGUUCACAGUAUGGUAGACAUAAUUCAGAUGGUUAAAGGAUCGCAGGAGAAAACCAAAUUCCACCUAGAUGCCAAUAAUAACAAUAUGAAGAAGAAAUGGAGGCUGUUUAAAAAAGUGGAAAAAACAUUAUUUUUGGAGAACCUUGUCAUGGAUGAUGAGGAAGUGCUUUUUAAGAGACCCAAAUUUUUUAAUUGCAUAAUUGAAGAAUCUGUUGAUAACUACAACGUAGCGUACGAGGCGGAGAAUGGGGUGGUGCACCUGUUUGAAAAUAAGUUAGAUCGACUGAAAAAGAAAAAAGGGGGCAAUAAAACGGAAGCGGAUACGUCUAAUAAGUACAUCGAAUUGAAGGAUGAAGAAAAGGGAUUCAAAUACAUCGGCUAUCGCGUCAGUUUUGAGCUAAAGAAGGACAACAAAAAGAAGAGUCACUUCAAGACGGGCAUUAUAAAGUAUUACUCUCCAAAAUAUAAGCAGUUUUUUAUUCACCAUAUAGAAAAUUUCAAAUGCAAUGGGUCAGUAGCCGAUUCGCCGAAGAGUACCAACAGGGAGAUGGGGUACACAAGAGGAGGCAGCAAGUCAAGCGCCACCUCCCCACCGUUGUACAGCAACUCGAAAGGGUAUCAUCACCCCUUGGCAGAGUUAGAAAAUGCACAUUAUGGUGGGGUCGACCAGGAGAUUGGCAAACCGAUCAGCGAGAGGCAGAAUGAGGAGGGCCAACCUGCAGAGGGGGCCAACCAGAACAACCGCUGCAUAGUCCGAAGCGAAGAAGAAAUGAUGUACCUCAAUUAUGAGAGAAGGCUAGAUGAAGAAAAUGAAAAGAAGAAAUGCGAUUUUGUAUUUUCAGAUGUGAAGGGGUGGUAUUCCCCCCACUUCUACAACAUUAAGGUGCUAAAAACGGCGAAAGAAUUUGAGCGCUUUGAUAUACUCGACAAAAAUGACAAAAGGAAGGAGCUAAUCGAUUACAGCCUUUUGAAGAAGAGAGACGAAUGCUCCAUAUGUAAGAACAGCAUCCUGUUUAUUAAGGGACACGACCAUUACACGAAUAGCCUCUCCACCAUCAUAUACGACUUGAGCAGCGAAAUGGAAAAAAAAGAAAUUGAUGAGAAAAAUAUGAUCAACGUGUACUGGGGAAUUAAGUGCUUCAUAUGUUCGAAGAAAUUCCACGCCAAGUGCCUCGACGAUGAGGUGAUAAUCACCAAGGGGUACGACAAAAAUGUGCUAAUGAAGGAGUAUAAGAAGUACAUUUAUAAGAACAGCCUGAAGAAGGACAAGAAAUGCUUUAAGAGUGAUAAGGAGAAGGGAGCUAGGAGUGUCACUAAGAAGGAGGAAAAAUCGAAGAGGGUGAAGAAGAACGCCAGCAAUUUUAGCGAUUCGAAAUGCACCGCAGGAGGGGGAGACUCCAAAACGAGCAAGCAGAAGAAAAAUGCCAGUGGGAAAAGAACCACCGGGAGUAGCAAAAACGGGGCGAGCAAACGCGCGGAGGAUUCGUCGAACGAUGCGGUGAAGGAGGAAAAUGAGGACGCAGAGGAAAAGAGCAGCAAAAGUAAGAAAAAGAAAGGAGGCAAAGAAUGUACGAGUCAAAACGAAAACGGCAAAAAUAAUGACAGCGAGAACGACUACAAAAGUGACGACAGAGAGGAGCAAAACAAAAGCGACGAGCUGAACGAUGAAGAAGAUAGCGAUGUGGAAGAGACAAACAAUUGCACCAAAUCGAAAAGUAAAAAGUCGAGGAAGUGCAUCAAUUACGUCCCAGCGGUGAAGUACAAUGAUAUAAGUUACAAAAAAUUCGUCUGUAAAGAUUGCUAUCGGUGCAUAUACUGCUGUGAGAGCAUAUACAAUUAUAAGCAAACGCCCAAUAUAGCCAAUUACGUGAUUUGCAAAACGUGCAACAUGGUUGCACAUGGGUCUUGUUGUUUCCCGAAUGUGCCCGACAUUUACCUCUUCAAUUGGAAGUGCGACGACUGCUUGAAGUGCAACAAAUGUGACUACUCCAACCUUUGCUUCAUCAACUACAACGAGUGGGAGUUUCACCUGGACUGCUGCAUCAACUGCUAUAAAGAAUAUGAGAAGAAAAACUUCUGCAUCAUGUGCAAUGAGAAAUACGAAAUUGAUGACAGCAACAAGUGGGUGCAGUGCGAUGUGUGCAAAUUCUGGAUCCACCUAAGUUGCGACAAGAAUGAAAAUAGAAAUAUAGAAACUUUGUCCAUAAAAAGUAUUAACUAUAAGUGCCCUACCUGCAGAUCGGGUUCAUUCCAUGAUAAGAUCGAGAGAAUACUCUACCUAUUUUUUCUGCUCGAUAAGUACAAAAAUUUCACCUUCCAUGUACCGAUCAACUUUUACAUCUACUGGAGAAUUGUCAAAAUACCGAUGAACCUGUACAUUAUGAAGAAGAAAAUUUGGGAGAAGAAAUACAGCACUAUGUUGGAGUUCCUCUACGACUUCUUCCUCAUCAUACAUAACGCCAAAACGGUGCAUAUGCCGAAUACCCCAAUUUAUAAAAAUGCAUGCAUUUUUGAGAAAAAAGGAAAAGUCAUCAUAAAGAAUAUGUUCAAUUUGGAUAAUGACGAGCUGAACAAGUGUAUUGAUGACUGUCUGGAGACCUACAAGAAGGCCACCAAUGAAGAGACAACCAAUGAUAAUAGCAAAAUGGAAGAGGAGGGUAAAAAUUACGAGGGGAUAUUCUCGUCAGGUGGGAAUAAACUAACCGCUAGCCUAUGUAACAAUAGUAGGGAUGAAAUUCUCGGCAUGAAUGUUGACCAUCUUUCCGAUAGGAAGAAUGUUACCCUUGAUUUGUACCACUCAGAAAGUGUGAACCAUUUGGGCCACCCUGGAAUUGGCAAAGAGGUGAUGACUACUGCGGGUGAGUUCGCCAAAUUGGGCUUCUAUCCCCCACAAGAUGGUGGCAUCGCCCACACGGGGGGAAAUAACCAUGGAAAUGUAACUCAGCAGAAGUUUGCAGGGAGCGCACUCCUCAACGAGUGUAGUAUGCAGGAGGGGGUGCACAUUCCUCCCGGUGGAGUGAAUAACUGUACUGGUAGGCCAUACCAAUCGUAUGGAUGCCCCAACGCAGAUGGUACAUUUGAAAGUGGCAUCGCAAAGAUGGGGACUAAUAUGCAAUCUCACAUGAAUGGGACCGAUUCAUAUAAUGAUUACCCCUUAAUGGAAAGGAAGAACCCCAUGGGAGCGUGCGAUAAGAACCCGCUAGACCUUCCCCCAAAUAAAGACGACACACUUUUAUACAACUUCAGCAACAACAAGGUGAGUAAAACCCUUUUAAAUAAUAACCUGCUUAGGAAGCGAAAACUGGAGAUGCUGGAGAAGGACAUCACGCAGUAUGAGCUACACGAGCUGUUCAAUUUUAAAAGCGACUCGGUGUUUAUCCACCGGAAUAAUGAAAUGUUUGUUCCGCAGAGUGGCGGCAUAACCAACUAUAACAUCCUCACCGUUAAUGUGAAGGGCAAAAUUUAUUUUAAUCGAUCCUUUGACAGAUUUGACGAGUUUGACGUUUGUAAGAUAAGGAAGAUGCAUCUUUUGACUGGCGGGAGUUUUUCCCCCAGUUGUGGAGCGGCCAGGGAGGAAACGUUUUCCGGGGAAAAUCUCCAAGGGGGCAACCGCAGCAGUAAAGAAGGGAGAACAACCCCCCUUGUGGAUAAUCCCCCGGAUGGUCAAUCAAUAAGGGAGAAUGCAAAGGGGGAACAUAAAAAGCGGCCCCAUCGUGGCCAUUCGAGCGUAUUUGUUAAUGAGAACAUAUUCAUGAUUGACAUCAGGAAGGAGAAGGUCAAAAUGAACCACGUGCUUAAGGAGGAGACCAAGAUUGUCAACCCGGUGAACAAUGCCUACAAAUUUUUGAAGUGCGUCCAGAUGGUUUUUUUUGGCCACCAUGGUACUAACGAGCAUGCCGUAAGGAAGAAUGCAUCAUCUGUAGGAAUGGACUACGUGACAACCCGCGUAAACUACAACAGCAGCGAUAACGAAAGUGCCGAUGGUGUAACGGUGGAACGGGUUCAUAGGGACAAGGGGGAGGCCAUAUCCCUCGAUGAUAUCAUCUCCCUCAUGGAGGGAAGAACUUCCAAGGGGGGAUCAAAGAAAAAGGGCCAAAAUGCUAAUUGUGCUAAACCCCCCAAUUAUCGCCCCUUUAGAAGCAACCCCACUGGGAAAAAAGCGCCACAUAAUAAAAUAAAACUUCUCAACAAUGACAUUUUGAAAGAGUACUGCCAUGUUUGCGGAUGCAUAGAGUACAAAAAUCCGCUGGUUUACUGCGGCGCAUGUGGGGUGUCCCUUCACUACUCCUGUGCUAAUAUUUCCAACCCGUUUCUGUUUAACCUGGCUGGUUACACACAACACAGGAAGGAGGUUAACCAAAUUUUUAACAUCCUCACGAGGAACUUCAAAUGUAAUCAGUGCAUCAAGUGUGACAAGUGCGAUGCCCACUUUAGUGACGCUGUCAGGGAGACCUUCUAUUCCAACAUCAGCAGUUUGGAUACCUCCAGUGGAAACCAUUUGACCAAAAAAACAACCUUCAGUUAUUUUUACAAUUUGAAGAUAGAGGUGGUCACUCUGAUGAAGGAUAAAAACGCGCAGAGGAGAAAAACGCUGGCGGAUGGCAAAGCCCUCGAAUUUGACGAAAAAGGGGAAGUAGCUUCUCCCAUGAUUAGCGAACUGAAUGAAAGUCCAAAGAAUGAUCAAAGGGGCGUGCAAUUGCCUGAUGAAUUUGCAAAAGUCGAAUUAGUGGAAAACGCGGAAGGAGGGGAGAGCUCCCCCGUUAGCCAUGGCGGCAUGACCAAAAUGGAGAAGCAAAACGGGGAUGGUAAUCAUCAGCAGCAGGGGGAGAAGAACCAACUGGGCGUUAACCCAUCCGUGUGCUCCAAAAAGAGGAAGAAGCAAAACGGCAUUGACGUGGGGAGCCAGAUGGGAAGCCCGACCACCACAUGCCCCAUCGCUGAUGUGAAAGAAGAAUCCAAAACGGUGCAAACGAAUAGCGAAAUGGAGUUAUCGCCGAAGAAGAAAAAAAUGUCGCCCAAGAAGAAAACAACUAGUAGUAAAAAAAAUGAAGAAAAUGAGAAGGUGGACCAGAGUGCCCCCAAUAGUAUUAUCAGCAUACUGAGUGUACACGACGAGGCGCAAAGGAUAAUAAAAUGCUUCUGCUGUGGAAAAUCCGCACACAAUGAAUGUUUCUAUCGAAUAGAAAACAGCGGGGAGAGUGCCGAUAAGAACGACCACGAUGUGCAUAGGAAGGCCGUAAGGACUGUGUUCAAAAGGUGCUACGUAAAAAAGAACCAUAGUAAAAAGAUGGGUUCGCCUGAAAAAUCGGAGAAGGGGUUAUCUACAGCGAACUCGGGCGAUUAUGCCCCCCCCCAGGAGAGCAUUUUGGAUAGCACCGUAAAUGAGGCGACCCUACCCCUCAGCAAAGAGAAGUCACCAAUCAGAAGUGAUCAAAUUGGGGAGGCCAACACAGAAGAGAGGAACAACGCAAUCACGUCAUCCCCCUCCCAGGAGAAUGACACGACGACAACCACUACGGAGACGACGACCGCUGCGGCAAUGAUGGUGAUGGUUCCGCCCCACAUUAAACCAAAUACACCGAAGAAGGAUAAAUUAAAGGCACACCUCAACAGCAGCCAUAUCGUUAGUGAGGACAUCCACACGAGUGUGAAGUGUACUGUGAAUAGAGGCAGCCCAGAUGAAUGCGCCAUCCAAUCGACGAGCAUCAAUAUUAACAGCAAAGUUGAGUGCUCCAUAGUGAGCAGCAACGUGACGGUGCUUAACCCGAACGAAACGAACGCAAGCAAAAGUUCUCUACUCAAAAAUGAGCUCCCCAAUAAUGGCGUCAUUGUCAUUCCAGCUGAUGAGAUUGUAAGAGAAUCUUUAAGAGGUGCAAACAAUUCAGAAGCGAACACCGAAACGGUAGUUAUAAAUGGAAAGGUGUAUAAUAAGCUCCUCAUAAGUGAGAUGUACGAUGUGAUAAGGCAAAAGAAAAAUGUGAAAGGGAAAAACUUCGUGCAUUUAUUUGUUGCUAACAUUGACGAAGCUGUGAUGUAUCCCGUGCUCAACGAAAUGCUCAAAGGGCUACACACCUACCUUAAUGAUAAAUUAAAUUACUACCGAUUGAACAAAAAUGUAAGCAGCGUUGUGCCGGUGGAACAUGCGGAUAAAUCUAAGAAGGAAAAGCACCACCUGUUUGAUAGGAAGAAUCUCAUUACGGAUAAUAAUGCAGAGGUUAAAGCUUCAGAAAUGCUGCUAAAAAUUAACGCCCUAAUUUCGGAGACCCUAUCAGUGCCCUCGAACAGAAAGGCAUCAAAUGGGAAACACGGAAAUAGGAGGAGUAGCUCAGGUUGUAAGAAAAACGCAUGUAAUGAUAAUCCAAGUGAACGCACCAUGAGUCAUACUAGAAGUGAACACUUUAAAGGAAGCAACCCCACUACCAUGGAGGUGAAAAAUCAGGAGAACAGAACGAAUGAAACGCUGCUACUUGCGACAAAUGGAGAUAAUGCAUUUGCAUCACCGCCCUAUUAUGUGCACUGCGGGGAGAAUAGUAAGAAUGCCCCGAUUGACGUCGACAGUUUUGGCGCGUACAAAAUGAAGCUUUGUAGCAGUGCGAGCGGGGGUAGCCAUUUCGAUGCGGCGAACAGCGGGAAGAGUGUUCCCAACUUUAUCGACAUGACGAACGUGAAUGAUGUGAGCGUAACGGGGGUGAGCGGCUCAGCUGGGUUAGGCGGCACAUCUGCGUUUGGUAGCCUUGGCGAGCAUGCGGAACCCAAACCGCUGGACCUCACCAGCAGGAAGAACCAAAACGGCGCGUACAUGAACAAGAGCAUAUACAAGCUGCGCUGCAAGUUUAACGAAAAGAACAUCAAAAAGUUGACCCCCCCCACAGGGAAGAAUGCCAACGGUGGGUACUCUGCACCCAACAUGAAUUAUAGCCCUAUUAGGAAAAUAAUAAAAUUGGACAAAACGAACAAUGUGAAGAUGAACGUGAACAGCGUGAGCACCUUCUCCGAGUGCAACUCGAACGUAAACGACCUGGGCUACAUGCACGGCAGGACCUUAAGCUCGCCCCUGGGCAGCGUAAGCAACUACAGCAACGUCCUCAUCGUGAACAACACGAGCAGUAUAAGCGGCGUGAGCGGGGUUAGCGGUGUUAGCGGUGUUAGCGGCGCAGGCGGGGUAGGCGCGAUGGGCGCGAUGGGCGGCCUGAACAGCGUGCAUAAUAUAAAUAGCAUUAACAGCAUCAACAGCGUCAACAGCGUCAGCAAUUUCAACGGGGAGAACCUCUGCAGCAGCAGCAGCGUGAGUCUCCAGAAUGUGAGCGUGGACGGCGGAGGCAACCUGUACAACCUAAUCAGCAUGAACAACAACGUUAACGCGUCGAACACGGUGAACAUCAGGGACUUCCUGGGCAACGCCUGCAACGUGAACGAUAUUAAUAUCGUGCAGAAUAUUAGCAUACUCAAUAAUAACAACUUGAUAAUAAAUGUGAACGGCGUGGAGGGAAAGAAGGAGCCCUUUGUGAAUUAUUCCCACUUGGGGAACGCGGGCGCCAUUAACCCGAUGAGUAGCGUGAUCAAUGCGGGGGGGAUGAGCCACGUCAACGGUGCCAUGGCCGCCACUGGGAUGAGCCACGUCAACGGUGCCAUGGCCGCCACUGGGAUGAGCAACGUGAACGGUAGCAUGGCCGCGACGGGGAUGAGCAACCUCGAUGGUGCCGUGCCCCCCGGAGGACCCCUGUUCGGUGAAAACCCCACAGCGCACAUUAACAGCAUGAACGAAAUGACCCACCCGUUUAGCAACCCCACCUACGCGGAAGAAGGCGAAAACGUGUACCGCUACAGCGAUAAUAUGAAAACAUGCAACGCACACAUGAACAGUCAAAACAUGGAAAGAAUGAGUAACGGAAGAAGUUAUAGCGAUGUGAUUAACAUGAAGUACGUAAAGAAUUUCCCCAUGAACAGUGUUAGCGGCAUGCCAAGUAAUGUGGCCAAUGUGUUUAUAAACGAGGCAAACUUUCAACCCCCCCCAAGUGUAUACCCACAUCGUAAAGUAGAUUAUUCAUCGAAUGAAAUGUCAAUGGAGAAGAAUGUAUACAGACCGGAUCUACACAAUAACGAAAUGAACAUGUUCAAAAAUAAUUACUACUUUUUUAAUCAAGGGGGAAAUCAUAGUAACUCCUCUGCAAACCACGACAUGGCAAAUGUGAAUAUGCCUUUGGAUUAUUAUAACCCUAUGAGGAAUGGCGGGAAUAAUUUUAAGCACGAGAUGAAUGCUACCCCGUUUGACGGCAGAAUGAAUAACGAAAGCUUCGAAAUGAACAGAAAAAUAAUGAUCAAUGUAAGUGGUAGUAAUGAACAACCCAUUUUGUAUAACGAUAGCGGAAACUUCAUUCUGCACAGUAAAGAAGCGUCAGAUGUGAACCGAGAUGGAAGCAGCAGCUCCGCCUUCCCCAAUAUGAAGUACGGCAAUAUUUCUUAUGCCUAUGAGGUGAGGAACCAGAAUAAGUUUUCAGACCUCUACAGCGUUUACAGCAAAAAUGUCAAACAGAAGGAUCAGGCGCACACGAAAACGCUGCUCAAAUCGAACAUCCCCAAUUUGGACAAGUUCAUAAAUAGCAGCAGGAAUAGGAGGUCCUUUCCGCCGAGCGAGAAGAUGCCCGGGCCGGGGAACACCGGUGCAAAUAUUGGCGGCCCAAAUAUUGGCGGCGCAAAUGUUAGCGGCGUAAAUCUCAGCGGCGUGAAUGCUGGCGGCCUAAACUACAAUUACAACUACCGAUACUGCGGCAGCUACAGCCACAACGGAGGCAGCUUCGACCCCAGCGUGUUCAAGCUUAACGAAAACGCACCCCCCGUGCCGAACGUGACUGAAAGGGGAAAUGUCAUCGCCCCAGAAUUCGACGCAGCCAACAAGAACCCCAACUUCUCGGCCAACAAAUUACACAACGAAAAUGUGCUCAACAUAAGGGUUGAAAAAAAUUUCUCCAACAACGCAGAUCAUGUAGUGAAAGACAUGCAGAAGUGCAUCCUCCCUCUUGGAGCCGUUAGCAAGAAGUGCAUUCUUUAUAACCACAAUGAGAAGAAAGAAAUCCACAUAAAUCUGUGCAAUGAGGUGAAGUAUAAUGUGCAGAGCGGCCCAACCAGUGCAAAUGGGGAAGCGACGGAGGGAGCGGAACUGGCCAGCAGUAAGAAAAGGAAACUGAAGUUUUACUGCAAAAAUAUUUUGAUCAAGAAGGAGAAUGGCGGCAGCGAUGUGAGCGGGGUCAGCGGGGUUAGCGGCUUGAAUGCAGCGAAUGUCAAUGAGGUGGGAAGCGGCAGCUACGACGGAGCAGUCAAUAACAAUGUAAGCGAGCAGACGGAGAAGAAGAAAAAGAAGGGCGGCAAUUCCGCCUCCAACGGUAAAGAGUGUAAAAAGGAAAAAUCCCAGGCGGAUCAAAGCGCAACAGAAAAUGGAGGCCAAAAUAAGGAUGCUAGGAAAAAGAAAAGAAGGGACAAAAGCGAACAGGGGGAAGAGGCCGAAAAGGGAGCCAAAAGGAAGGAUGCCGAGAAGGGGGAAAGGAAGAAGGCAGAAAGGAAGGUUGCCGAAAAGGGGGAAGAAAAAAAAACGGAAAAGAAGGCAGCAGAAGUGAAGGCGGCGGAAAAGAAGGCCACAGAAAAGAAGGCAGCAGAAAAGAAAUCAGUAGAAAAAAAAGCAGUGGAAAAGGCCGAAAAGAAGCCGGCAAAGAAGGUCAAAAAGGAGGAAAAAAAAGGCGAUCGGAAGUCCGAAAAGAACAGCGACGUUAAGGAGGAAAAAAAAGAAAUGGAGGAGGAGAAGAACGAAGAAAAGGAAAAGGAAAAGAAAAAGGCCAAGCCGAAGAAGUCGUCGAAGGAGGAAAAACAGGACGAAAGGGCGGAGCAGGAACAGGAACAAUGCAAGGACAAAGCGAAAGAAACGAAAAGGAAGAGCGCAAAAGGGGAGAAAUGCGAAAAGGACUCGAAGGCGACCAAAGCUGCCAAAACAGAAAGGGAGAAAAAAAGGGCCAAGGUGAAAAAAGAGGAACCCGCGCAGGAGGGCAAAAAAGAAGGAAAGGAAAAAAAAAGAGUUAAGGGAAAAGAUAAAGGGGAUGAAAAAAAAAGGGGAACAAAAACGAAUGAAAAUGCAGAAGAAAAGGAAAAAAAGAAAGCGAGCGAAAGCAGGACAACACAGGUGAAAACGAAGAAGGAAGCAAACGAAAGAAAAGUAGAUACAGAGAAUAACAAUCCAGCGGGGGAUAAACUACACGAGUUGAAGGGGAACAGCAGUUCCGCCACGAUUUCCAUUAGCAGCAAGUUUGUUUGUGGCAGCACAUACGUUUCUGAUUUGGUUCCCAAAAAUUGCAGCAUGCAGGGGAGAUGCAAAAUGGAUGACAGUUACUUCACAGAUAGCGAUGAGGAGUUGUGCCUGUAUUCGGACGCCCCCGAAUCUGAUCACUCUACCAUGAAUAGAGGAGCGGCAGGAAGUAAUCGAAAGAGAAACAGAAUAAACAAAUUAAACGGAUUUUUGAAGAAGAACAAAUUCGUGCUGAAAUCCAAGUUCAAGAGGGUCACCCCGAAUUCGUACCUUUGCCAUAGCUGCGUUGUGUUGUACAGGAAUGACUUUUCGUUUAGCGCGUUUACGGAGGAGGUAGCGGCGGUUGAGGGGAAGGUGUGUGGAAGUGGUAACGAGGUGGGCGUAAUUAGUCAUGAUAAUGCUUUCCAGGUUAAAAAAGAAAUCAACGCGCAGGAGGGGGAAGAUUCCGUCGAACAGAAUAGCGCAGAUAGCAUAAGCAAGGGCGUUGCUGAGGAGGGGAAGGAAGAGAAGAACCCCGACGGCGCGUGUGAUGGAGUGACACUCAGCGCGAACGCGAAUAAUGACGGAAUAGUGCAACCGUUGUGUAAUCCCAGUGCAUGUGAAGAGGGGGUAAAUGUCGAUGCGAAGCGGAGCGGAGGAGAUGAAGGAGAUGAGCAAAAUGAGGCAACCAAUUUGAAGGACGCAUCGAACAGUGGUCAACAUGUAGAUGGUGCUGCCCCUGAGGGUGACGAAAAAAACGUGCCCCUUAAUAACACACAUGAUUGUAGAGGAGACGAUAGCGGAAGCAACAAUCGAGAGGACUACUUCAGGAUAAGCAACGAACGUAGUGGAAGGCGGGACCCUGACUGGAUUUUCUGGAUGAAGAAGAUAUCCGCACACAAUAACGUCUUCUUCAACCGUGCCUACUUAAAGGAGAAGAAGGCAACCCCCAAUGUGAGGCACUUCUUUGAAACCAAGCGGGACGUUUACAAGUGCUCCAUUUGUUGCAUGAUCUGUGAGUACAAAAUUGGGAAAGGCGACAGCAGUGCGGCUGAAAAAACGGCCGAACGAACCGCAGAGGACGAAAGUGACAACCUCAACAGCCUCUUCCUGUGCAACGCGUGCAGUUUACGCUAUGGGCACAUUCAGAAAUACACAGUGCCAUACGCUGACAGUAGCGGCAACAGGGGCAAAACUCUCCUCAACCUGAACAGGGAACGAAGUGAAAAAAGGAAGUUGCACGAAUUGGUUUAUUUCGUAAUAAAAAUGAGCUAUCAAUUUAUGUACUUUAAGAGGAAUUUUUUUAAAUCAUUUUGCCAUUUGCUAGAUGGAUUUCUCCGAAGAAAUAAAUCAAAUGUGAAACUGCUGUACCGCUUAUAUUUUGGCAACCUCUUUUUUAAGUAUGAUGAGUUUUUCCCCUUUUUCAGCAACCAAGUUAGGAGAGAUGACCAGUUGAGGCGGCUAUUUGAUAGGAGUGGCAAGAUGGCUAUGCCCUUUGGAUCGACACACCAACAUGUUUUGACUUAUGCUCUGGACCUCUUUUGCAUGAGAAUGUCCCGUUGUUCUACGAAGGGGAAAAGAAAAUCGAGUGGUGCCACGGCUUCAGUUCGCGUGUCCCUCGCGGCGAGGAAGCUACUGUUUUGUUAUUAUAAGAAGGGGGUCUGCAGUGGGGCUGGAAAUGGGGGAAGCUACUUUGGGCACGUCGUCAGUUACUCCGUUUACUUUUUGCACUUGUAUUACUUGCACAAGUUGCACGUCAGCGGGGUGAGGAAGGAGCGAAUGUGCCAUGGGGCAGGAAAAGCGGGACGAGGGAGAGCAUCACGCGGGAGUGAAAGCACACUUGGGCCUACACCUGGAUGUACUGUUGGAUCUACACUUGAAAGCGCCGCGAAAACCGUGAAGAAGGUCCGCAUCGCGGAGAGGAAAAAAAGGAGAAAAGUUAACCACAAUUUGUUUUUCAAAAUGAAGAACACGGAGGCCUUCGCGGGUGCCCUACGAGCGUUAAGCCAGGGCGAGUCGGAGUGGCCCAUCCUGCAUAGGGAGAACCUCAUGAUGAAGAAGGGUUUGACGACCACCUGCCGCAGUAGCAGCAGCAGCGCUUGUAAGAAGGGGCAGUUAAAGGAAGGAAAAACCAAACUGUUUAGCAGUCGAAGUGCCAAAGGAGCGGCCUCCCUCUUGCUAUAUGAAAAAAGAUGCGGUGAACACAAAAGGGAUGGUCAAAAUGAGGAGGACAAACUUGGAGUUAGCCCCCUCCACAGCAGCGAGUGCCAAAAGAAAGUAAAGCAAUACGUAAAGAAGAUCAAAUGCACCAUAAAAAAUAAACUAAAUUUAUACGUAAAAAUUAUGCUUACUAUGUACACGCAGGAAAGCCUCAAUAUGAUAAAAUACCAAAGCACUGAUGAGAAGAAGCGGCUCAGGCAGGGGAACACGAAGACGUGCCUUUUAUGCCAUUAUGGUAACUACCUCUAUAAGGGAAGGCUAAUCCCAUUUUAUGAUAUCUUUAUUCAUAGCGAAUGCCUAAAAUGGAGCCUAAAUUGCAUACAAUACUAUAAGCUGAAUAGCAGUAGCUGCGAGUGCCGUAGUAGGAUCGGCAAGGGGGAGACGGAAUGCAAGGUGAAUGUUAAGAAAAACCCCUCGAAUGAUAAAAAGGGAGCGAGGAGCUCGUCCGGAAAGAGGUGCAAAAAGAAAUCCGCGGGAAGUGGUUCGUGUUCGGUUAAGAAUGAGGCCGUGGGCGGAGGAACUAAGGAGAGCGCCGACAGGAACAGUACCCACAUGAGCGGUACCCACGUAUGUAACAACCACGUAUGUAAUAGCCACCUUGAGAGCCUUGCGAACAAAGGGGACGACCCGAACGGCGCAGGCGAAACGCGCGUGAAGGGGGAAGAAUGCUGUGGAGGAAGCCAAGCAGGUCAGCAGAACCCUAGUGAGGAAAACCUAUCAAAGGAAAAAAACAAAACGGAAGAAAUCGUAAACGUAAGAAAAAGCAUAAAGAAUUUAAAACUAAUGGAUAAUUUCGAGUGGACAGAAAAUAAAAACUUCUUCCAUAACUACGAACAUAUAAUCGAAAUAGACGAAGAUGAUGUGAAGGAAAUAAUUUACGACUCUAUCAAUUCGACUUGCUUUCUUUGUGGUUAUAAAAAUGCCAGCAUUUACUGCAGCAAUGAAAACUGCAACAUUAAGUUUCACCUCAAUUGUGCAUUUUACUCUACUAUGGUAAAGAACUCGCAUCAGAAUAUUUUUUUUUAUUAUAUGAAAUGCUUCAAAUUGCUUAAGUUUAACAAGGACACGAUUUUUUACAAAUACUGCCACUCGUCGGCCAGCAAUGCGGAAGAUAAGCAGCUGGUACAGUCGCUCUAUGAGGAUAUUUUCCCCGUGCACAUUAUCUACAAGAUGAAAAAGGUGUGGUGCAAUAAGUGCUGGAAUGCGAAGAGGAUAUACGACGCGUUCUACAUCGAUAAGGAGAACAUGCAGUGUUCCAGUAGGAAGGAACCGAGCGGAGAGGUGGAAAAGGUCAGCAGAAGACCCGCGCGCAAAGCGAAUUCCCCGAAUUGUGCCGCUAACCACGCUAACCGCGUGAACUGUACUGCUAACCCCUCGAGUUGUGCUGCAAAUGGGGGGGAAGCAGUCCAAGGCGAUGCUGCCCCUGCGUGGAAUCAGCCCAAACAGGAGGACACCACAACGGGGGAGUUAAACCCGGAGAGAGAAGCAGGGGAAUAUAACAAUGGCUCAAGCGAGCAGGCAGCGACAGGAGAAAAUGGCAAAACUUUCGGAGAAGCGGAACCAAAACGAAUGGCAAGUAGGAAAAGAAUAAACGUCAUGGGAAGUCUGAGGAACAUUUACAAACACUUCAUUCACUUUUAUUAUGAAAACGGAUCGUACUACGUUAUGGACCAAAUUCUGUAUAGCAUAAACGAGUGCGUGAGGAUAAGGUACAGAAGGAAGCCCCUCAACUCGGUGCAGGAAGUGCUAAAUAAAGAAAGCAAGAUAGAAAGCAAAUUGAAACACUUGGAGAGCAUCAUUAACGAAUGUGCCAACAAAAAUGAGGAGAAGAGUUUCGUUAACGAUAGGCACCAAUUAAUAUUUCAGCGAAAUGUGCAGAAUGGGGAAGCCACAAAUGAGCAGCUAAUGAGCAGAAGCGGGGCACACAGUACCGGCGAUGUGCAUGAAGAGAGUGACGCACAUGCAAAUGGCGUAAAUAUGCAAAACAUUAUUGACAAUAAAAAUGUGGAAAAUAUCUUCAAGUCGUAUUUUAUUUUGAAAAACUUUUUAUACAUAGGUAGAGAGAUAACACUAAAGAAUGAGGAGUAUUUUUUUUUAAAAAAAAAAGAGAAUUCCUUUUUCAGAUAUGUGUAUUCGAAUGAUGAGCAGACUUGCAACAUACACUUGCCCCACGUGCUUUACAGCAAUGCGGUGGCCACUCCGUCCGCCGCGUCGCGAAAGGAGACAACCCCCCACGUGAAGGAUAGAAGCCACAGGGGCAAUUUGCCAUUGACGAAUGAGCAGGUAAGGAGUGACAGGAAUGAGCGGCAGAGGCAGCAACAGCAGGGGCAACACCACCCGCAGGAGCCGCUGCGCAAGAUUUGCUACGCCACCUUCAUCGACGACGAGUCCGAGGCGGACAACGAUAACUCGGAGAACAACCUGAGCAGCAGUAGCGACCACGAACUGGACGAAACGGACAUCGCGCACUGCUACGGCAGAGAAAGGAAAGACAAACAAGCGAAAAGCAUUAACCUGUAUUUCGAGCUGACGAAUGCCAACAGAAAGGUGAAUAUAACGAGGCUGCAGCAGGUUAGCAAUUAUGGCGACCGUAGGGAGAGCAGCGAUGCGGUGGCUCUGUGCCCCAAUGCGGAUGAAAAGAGCGAAGCAAAGAGGAGAACAACCAAGGGGAGUGGAACUUCCACUACGGCACCCAUCGGAACAGCUACCAAAAAGGCAAGUUUAGAACAAAGCACUUGCGAAAGCAACAGCGUAACGGACAAAAAGGAAUCCUUUUUAAAUAUGAUUAUUAGCGAAAAGAACGAUGUGUUUAUCAAGCGAACAAAUGAAAAGCUCUUCGCAAACUAUAAGUUCAAUUGUAGGAAUAAUAUGAACCUCUCAAAGUGUAAAGUAAUCAAAAUAGGAUGCCACAACAUCUUGCACAUGGGGGACAUUGUAAAAUAUAAUGGAGAGAAGAGGAUAUACCCCUGCGGUUUUGUGAACAUGAGAAUAUUUUUUAAUUUGCCCUCCGCGUACCUUUUUCAUAUUUAUAAAAACGCACAUAUUGACGAUGAAGAUGAGAAGAAGAAAACCUUGCAGAGGAUAUUUUUACAAAUUCGUGCCACGUACAUUUUCUCCAUCACUUUGAAGAAUCAGCAUUUCUUUUUCUCCAUCAUGCUAUUUCCCUUAAUAAGUGUUGACCGUUUUUCCGUAGCAGAUGCUCAGAAAUUUGUGCUAGCGGAAAGCCAUGAUAUAGGGGAAGUGUAUGCAAAGUUUUUGUCCCUUUUUAAAUUCCCCAAUGGAGACCUUAACAAUGGGCACAUGACGGAUGCGUAUAGAAAGUACGUCGGCGGGUAUUCCCACUUGCUGCAACUGAUGCAGAGUUAUAUCUUCAAGUCGGUGCAACACAACGUGAAGGCAGUAGACCCGCAUGACUUCUUCGGCUUGACUCUCCCCUGCGUUAUCUACCAAAUGAAAUACAAGCUCUUCAAAUAUAUUUGGAAAAAUGUGAACCACAUGAUUAGGAAUUACAUUCGGAGGUACGGCGAAAGGGAGGAAUUCAAGAAGAGGGUAAAGAACUGCACGCGGGAAGUCAUAUACAACGACAACUUGCUGUGUAAGUACUCCAAUUUGGACACCUCCAUUUUUAAGGAGAACGAGAAGGAAAAGGAAAAGAACAUGAGGAAAACGGUCAAGUAUAAAUACAACAUCAACAGCGCAAUGUCCUACCGCUACCUAAUGAACAUCUCGUCCAAUUCGCGGCUAUACGUCAAGAAGAGCAGCAUCCAUGGAUAUGGGCUUUACACGUGCGAGUUUAUAAAUGAGGGAGAGCCGGUCAUCGAAUACAUCGGUGAGUACAUUAGAAACAUAAUAAGUGACAAGAGGGAAAAGUACUACGACAAAAUUGAGAGUAGCUGUUACAUGUUCAGGCUAAACGAAAAUAUAAUCAUCGAUGCCACCAAGUGGGGAAACGUCAGCAGAUUUAUCAACCACAGCUGCGAGCCAAAUUGUUUUUGUAAAAUUGUAAGCUGUGAUCAGAACUUAAAACACAUUGUCAUCUUCGCCAAGAGGGACAUUGUAGCGCACGAAGAAAUAACCUACGACUAUCAGUUUGGUGUCGAAUCGGAAGGAAAAAAACUCAUUUGUUUAUGCGGCUCCAGCACAUGUUUAGGAAGAAUGAACUAA